UUUAAUUUCUACUAAGAACGGAACGGCUUCGAAAUACUUCACAAUAUGAAACUCUAAUAACUUCAAGAAAGGAAACAACUUGCUAUUAUUGCUUUAGCUUAUAAUACCAAGGCAUUAUGCAUACCAAUAUGCAGAUGUUUCGAUGGUGAAACACCCACUCUAAAGGUCAUCACUACAAGACCAAGAAGCUCCGACAAUCCGGGAUAGCAUCAAUAAAUCGACAAGAUGCAGUCACCACGCGUUAUACUCCGCCGCAUCCUUCUCCUUCGUCCCUCGAAAUCCCCUUCCGCACCUCGUCCAUUCACAAGGAAUGCAAACUUCGCAUCUCGAGGACGACCCCAAAUCCCAUUCCUAUCCGUUCCGCUAGCGAGAAAUCACCAGUUCCGAUAUUUAACGACCGAGAGGAAACGAUGGUUGGCAUAUGAGUUUUACCUCGGACUUAAGUACACUGUAUACGUUUGGGCAAUUGUCGGCUUUUCUGUAGCCGGCUACUGGAGUAUACAACAAGAGUGGCUUGAAAGGAAAUAUCCAACGCCGCACGAGUGGGGGUUCAUAACCCGGUUACGCUUUAGACUUGCGAAAUGGGCUCCCGAUCGAACAGACCUACCUCAAACAGAUUGGGUCCUCGCCGGGAACUAUGCCAAGAAUAUUCUUGAAAGAUUGGGGGAUGAGAAAAUUGAGGGUGCUGGGCUAGUGCAAGAUAAAACUGAAGGAGGCAAGAUAUCUGGGUACGACAUCACAGCAAAGAGUGAACCAUGGAGGAGGGGUUAUUACGAGGCUCUGAUGUUAUGCGCGAAAGUAGCGGAACACCUCGACGACCACGUCGUAGAAAAAGUACGGCACGUCGUAUUUCCAGCCGACCAAGUUCAAGGACCCUCGAAUCCCAACCCGAAGCCCAUAUCCCACGGUUCACCGAGCGCUCCCCACGAGAACGACUGCGAGCGAGCCUAUGAGGCUCCCGAAACAUUCUAUCAAAAGAUACUAGCGACAACGGGUUUCACGCCGAAGCAGAAGAUGGACGCCGCGCUAGAAUACGCAUCAUGGCUCGACUACAAGGGCCAAACCGAUGCUGCCGAACUCACAUACGAAUGGGCACUCGCCUUAGCCACCGAAAGCUCCCUACCAUCUCCCCCUCCAUACGACCCGCAAUCCUAUAUACUCCAAGACGCCGCAUCUCCUCCCUCCACAAACAUCCUCAACGCCCUAACCGCCCUCGCCACACACAAAGCGCGCACCAGCGACAUAUCCAGCGCCCUCCCGAUCCUAAUAUCCGUCCUCCGCGCCCGUCGCUCCCUCCCACAACCGCAAUCCGCAACAAAACCCCUCUACACCGAAGUCGACGAAACACAAUCCACAUCCCCAUGGACAUUCCAAAACAUCUUGGGCGUAACAAAACGACUCCUCACCCCACCAGCCUACCCCCCACCCCCAGACGAUGGCAGCGCCCCACCUCUCCGCGACGCCGGUGAACUAUGCGAAGAAGCCGGAUUAAACCUGUACAUCGGAGAAAUCAUCUACGCCUCCGCAUCUACCAAUAAUAGCCAUAGCACCCGCGAAGACGGUCUAGCAUGGACACGCGAAGCCGUCGACUUAGCAGAAGAACAAUUACAUAAACUAACCACCAGCGAUACCGCCGCUGCGAACAUACCUGCUGCGAAGAAGACGUGUAAAGAAUGUCUAAGCAGCGGCCUGGAUAACUGGCGCGCUAUGGUUGCGCGGCUCGCGCGGGAGGAAAGAGAGAAGAAGCAGGAAUCCGCUAGUGCUUCGACGGGAAGUUGGUUUGGAGGAUUCUGGGGAGAUGGGAAGACUGAGAGUACUACUACUAUUACGGCUGCUACGAACGGGGGACGAUGGACUGCGGAAGAAAAUGUGGUGAAGGAGAGGACGAGACGAGCGAUGGAGAUCAUUGAAGAGAUGGAGGUACCUAAGGCCGGGCUUGGGUCGUUGUUCCAAGCUUAAGGUGAGAGUGUAUUAUAUAAAUCAUACUCGCCCCGCUAAUGUAUAUCGCUCGUUCAAGGAGAACGGGCUUGCUUCCAGAAAAAUAUGGAAGAGUAGGCUAUUCGACAAUCUAAACACUUGUCGGCAGAAUAGGAUAUAUGUAAAAUGUUAAGUCACAGAAUGCGAUUAAUGUGAUCAC